AGUUUUCUUUAAUGGUAUACUUCAGUAUCGGUUUAGGUUAAUAUUUGUACAGUCAAAUAUCUUAUGAUAAAAUUUCUCUAAUAGAUCUUAAGUUUUUAUUGUGGUUAAUAAGAUUUUAUCCAAUAAUUGAAAAUGGCGAUACCAGAUAUUCGUGACCUGGCUGAAUUCAACAAAGCUCUGGCAGAUGCUGGUAAUAAAUUGGUGUUGGUUGAUUUCCAUGCUCUUUGGUGUGGUCCAUGCAAAAUGAUUGCCCCAACUGUAAAAGAGUUAGCAAAUACACAUGCAGAUAAACUUGUUGUUUUGAAAGUGGACGUGGAUGAAGCAGCGGACGUCGCAGAACAAGCAGAAAUUUCUGCCAUGCCAACAUUUAUAUUUUACAAAAAUGGAAAACAAGUUGCAACUUUCAAGGGUGCAAACAAGGAAAAACUGACUGAAAUGACCUUGGAGAAUCUUUGAUUGACGCAUAUAGUUUAUAAUAAGAAAUCAAACUAUUCCAUUCAGAUAUUACAUUUCCGCAGCAUUGGAAUUCGAAAAAAAUUAUGCUCUCAGUUUCUUUUAAAUUUUUAAGCAGCAUUUCCAAAUGAAUGUACCAGUUUUGCUGGUUGUUCUAGUAAUUUCAAAUAAUAAAAUGUUUGUACCACUGGUUC